AUGUGCCUGUGGAGAAAUUCCACGUAUGAGCUUGACACAUUUGCUCCGUCAGUUCUUCAUCCAAUUGCAAUGAUAGAAAUUCCAAUUCACUUGUUAGCUUCUUAUAUAGUUAUAUUCAAAACUCCACCGACAAUGGCCAAAGUUAAAUGGAUGAUGAUGGUUAUGCAUUUUUGCGGAGCAUUUCUUGAUCUGCUUCUCAGUGUCCUAUCCACCCAAUACUACCUCGUACCAGUAGUCGGUGGCUACAUGCGUGGAAUAUUCACAGAUCUUGGUGUAUCCUCAAUUAUCCAAGGCCAUGUAUUCACGGUUUCACUCUGUGUCGCCGGAGUGUCUAUACUCGGAUUCUUUGAAAGUCGUUAUCACGCUGUUGUUAAAAGAAAUCGAGAGUCAAUUUUCAAAAGUAAGAGGAGAUUGUUUUAUGUAAUGUUUCAUUAUGUAUAUGGAUUCACUUUCACACUUCCCUUACUUAUACACCCACCGGAUCAGAUAGAAGCAAGGAAAAUGGCUAAAGAGGCGCUUCCAUGUGUUCCUCACUCCAUCAUUGAUCACACUGAAUUCUAUGUCUUUGUGGAAGAACCCUACAUAUUCGCUAUUUACUAUGGAAUUACUGCAGCUGUCCUUACUUCACAAGCCGUUUACUAUUUUGCACGUACUGCAUUAUACCUAUCAAGUAACAAAGCCAAAUCUCAAAGGACUCAUAAGCUUCAAGUACAAUUUUUUAUUGCAUUAACAUUUCAAAUUGCAAUCCCAUUGUGUGUUGUAAUAUUGCCAGUUGCUUACAUCAUCACUGCAUUUAUAACGAAACAUUUUGAUCAGAUCGCCAACAACAUUGCCUUAAAUUUCAUUGCAAUCCACGGGCUGGUAUCCAGUACAGUAAUGCUUAUUGCACAUAAACCAUAUCGAGAAGCUGUUGGAAAUAUAUUCCGGCUCCGUUGCACAUGGGAACGGUGUCAUAGAAGACCACUAAAUUCCAUCAGCGAUCAAUCAUUGAUGGUUGUGUCGAGUGUUGUUGUUAUCCGACGGGUUAGCAGGAUUUCUAGCAGGAUAUGA